AUGCCCGCAAGGCAAGGGAAGGACAGCGAAAGCCAUGUCAGCUGCAGCAGUACCAGCACCAGCAGUUCAGCUGCUUGCUUCGGGCAGUAUCAAUUUACAGCAAAUGAAUAUCAAGCCAUCCAGCACGCUCUUCGUCAGAAACUGGGUCCAGAAUAUAUCAGCAGUCGGCAAGCUGGAGGAGGACAAAAGGUCUGUUACAUUGAGGGUCACAAGGUAAUCAGUCUGGCCAAUGAGAUGUUUGGCUUCAAUGGCUGGGCUCAUUCAGUCACUCAACAGAAUGUUGACUUUGUUGAUCUCAACAACGGCAGGUUCUAUGUGGGGGUCUGUGCAUUCGUGAGAGUCCAGCUUAAGGAUGGCUCAUACCAUGAAGAUGUGGGCUACGGAGUCAGCGAAGGCUUGAAGUCCAAGGCCUUGUCCUUGGAAAAGGCAAGAAAGGAGGCAGUAACAGAUGGACUGAAGAGGGCACUCAAGUGCUUUGGGAAUGCUCUUGGGAACUGCAUCCUAGACAAAGACUACCUACAAGCAGUUAAUAAGCUUCCACGUCAGGUGCCCCCCGAGUUAGAUCUGGUGAAAACUAAAAGACAGGACUAUGAGCCCGAAAUAGAGAAAGCAAGGUAUGAUGGCUGUUUGGAAAGGCAGAACCCAGGAUGGAGACAACAGUAUGAAAUGGCACCAACUCGUAAGCCCAGUCACACAGAGGCUUCUGGAGAGACAGAAGAUCAGAAGCAGCCAAGCAGUUCUGGAAACACAGAUUCCCCAGCUGCUGAGUGUGAUGCCACGUACCAGCGGAAACUGCGACAAAAGCAGCUACAGCAACAGUUCCGGGAACAGAUGGAGAAGAGAUGUCAGGUCACAGAAGUUACUCCCAGCAGCAAACAGGCAACAGCCAAUCCUCCCGUAAAACACAGCAGUCCGGCAGCAGUACAACAGCAACUGGCAAUUGAAGAAGAGUUCUUUGCAGAUGAUCUUGAACUUUGGGACAUUUCCUUGGAGACCACUGACCUUAACAAGUUGAUGUGUCACAAAGCAGUGGGCCCACCAGCAGCACACCAACCCCCCGAGACGCCCCGCGGAUGCCACCAGAUGACAACUCGUAACAGAACGCCCCAGAGAAUGCAUUCUCACAAACCUUCCGUGAGGUUUGCACAGUUGCAGCCAUCUGCUGCUCUCACGGGCAGCAGCCACGGUGCCAACCAACACACACCAGCAGAGCAGAGCCCUCACAGGAGAAGCCAAAGCUGGAAGAAGCGGAGGCUAGAACCUACAUAGGACACCUGGUGGCAUCAUUACCUAAAUGCUGGAUUACAUCAUAAGACUGCAGUUGGCUGCUCAAAAUAUGUGAGGAAGCUUCAUCUAUUAAUAGAUUGUCCUGAAGCAACACAGAAUAGCCAGAGAGGCACAGCCAGCAAGAACUUCAUGUGCUUUGGGUUUAUUACAUAGCCCAGAUUUUUUUUUUCUAUAAACACAUCAUCAUUUGUGCUCCUGCACAACUCGUGGCUGUUUUACAAAUAAUUUGCCUGAAAAUUGUAGCAUAAGUAAACCUUCAAAUGAGGCACCAUAGCUUCUUUCCUGCUCAGCGUUGCAUUUUGGCAUACAGAAAGUUUUUUCCAAUAAAAUGAGGGCAGGGUGGGCCAUGGUCCCAGGAAAGCAGACAGAAUGCAGCCUUGCAUUCCCUCAGGCAUUUUGCAGUUGUGGCAGCCUCUGCCUUUCACAUGCAGCCCAGCUGCCUGCCCAGAGGCUGCACAAGCAGGGUCAGAGCAUUGCCCUGACAGCUCUGCCUCAGCUCACCCCUCAAGCACACAGCAUCCCCAGGAGCAGCAGCAGCACGUCCACCUGUGCCCAUGCAGCACAGGGGCAGGAACACAUGGGGGCUGCUAGUGAGGAGUGCAUACAGCCUCUAAGUGCUUGUUUGGACCUUUUGUGAAAUGAAUGAGAGCCGCAAUUUUAUACUUUUAAAUAAGC